AUGCACGAAUUCAUUGCUAGAGCAAUGAUGACAAAGGGGGGAGUGCAAAACGACUUGCACGAUUUGAAGCAGCAGCUUCGUCGUUCCCAGGAUAUGGAGAAGCAGCCGCUUCAUCGGUGCGACGGUCUGCAGAAGUCGAAGCAUGCCCCAGACAAUUGUAUAUCGAAGGCCGAAAACAGGCAGGCAAUCAAGCCCGCGGAGGAUGUACAGAAUACCGAAGGAGAACUCCAUCUGCCGAGUACAAAUCGACACAAAGCAACUGUGUCUUCACCGCCAUCAACUCACGAGAGCCCGGAGAUUGCAAACACCUGUUUGAAGGGAACCCUACAGCACCCUAAGGACUACGUUUUCGACUGGGGAAUGUAUGCGGGUGAGUAUAUCAAGGAUGUUGCAGAUAUACGUUACCAGUAUCUGCACGCUCUAGGCGGUAGAGAUGAUCUUUUCGAACCGGGUCGACACGAGGGUUUUAAAGAAGCGUAUGACUACUAUCUUCCUGGUGUACGCCAUUCGACCUUGCAACGUCUGAAAGGACAGACGGGGCCAACGAUAGCGCCAUUUACAGUUGGUUCUGUCGAACGUGUCCCACACAAAACACUUAUGAAAACCAAAUACUCGGAUUUUUCCUGCUCAUCAUCCUCCGCACCACACUCGUCAUCACCUGCAGCGAUAUUUUCAUCUCCGUCACCAUUUCCUCGGGAGUCAGCGGCAGGGCCAUCGUCAUCGGCACCUUCGUCCCCUCCACCAAGAUACUCCGAGAGUAAGCCGGAGAAACCUCGCUUUUAUGACCAGAUGGCCGAAGAGUUUGGUACACCUCGAUACUGUCCCAAGGUCAAGAAGGCGCCCGGAAUCGAGGCAGCGACGAGGAAAACACUUAAGGGCAAGGCCAAGGGCAAGGCCAAGGCCCACCCCUUUAUCGAUAUCAUGUUUCCGGAUUGUCACGGUACUGGCGUAACCCCAAUCACGGGCCAAAAGCGAGGCCGGGGAAGACCGCGAAAGCAUCCUCUCCCAGAAGAGCCAUCCGCGAAGAAGCAGCGGAAGCUGAAUAUAAUUGAGACGAUUGACCUCACCUCGGACAACGAGACCUGGGACUGCGCCAAGCCAGGCACCGCAUGGCUCACUCAGCCUUGA